AGCUCAAUUCACAACAAUAACAGAGGGUGGUCAUCCCGUGAAAAGGCGGCAAUCAUUUAGCCAAUUGUUUCCUUUAAGAAUCGCUAGGUCAUGCGAUUCUAACUUAAUGGGUAAAUUUAUUUUUGAGCUAAUGCAUGUAUUUUGGUUAGGAGAUUUGGACAAAAGGGCAAUGGAGAGGUUCUGAAUGGCAUUAGCAAAACAGGCUUUAUAUAGUGAGAAACAUAGCCCCUCCCUUCAAUGAAAAAAAAAGCAAACACUUUGCAUUCUAGGAAAUGUAUGGCCUCUCCACACUACAAACACAGCAACAAUUGCUGGGAACAUGAUUUCACCGAAAGGACUGUAGAAUAUUGAAGAUAUGGGUCCAGCUAACAAAUGUAUACCCCCUUUCAUUUGGUAACAAUUUAUAGUUUUUGAGUUAUGAGCUAUGCGAAUGAGCUGGUUGGCAAUUGACAGUCUAUGGCAAAGCAUGCCCGUACCACAACUGACAGACCAUACCAACUGUAUUAAUUUAACAAUGAAAAUUUACAAAAUUACAGUUCAUAAAUAAUUGUAUUCACCGAACGUUUAUUUUGAUAAAUGCGAACCGGCAGUCUCCAAUUGUGGCCAGCAACAUCUGCCACCUUCAUGGAGCUGAAGUGACGUGAAAUGCAGGAAGUAAGGCGGUUACAUCAGGGAUUGACAGAGCACAUAUAGGCACGCGCUCGGUUUGCGUUGGAAGCUAUACUAACUUCAGCUAACUGCUGCAAAAUGAUUUUUUCCCCCCGUGAGCUUAUAUUGAUUCUGAUAAGUUUGGAAGCUCAAUUCACAACAAUAACAGAGGGUGGUCAUCCCGUGAAAAGGCAGCAGUGCGAAUAUGGAGAUGGGAACUAUCUAGGGAGUCAGUGUUGCAAAUGUCCAGCUGGUUUUCAUGUACUCGCAUGCAAUCAGAGCGUUGAACCAAAAUGUGACGAAUGUGAACGUGGAUCAUCAUACCUUGAUCAUCACAAUUUAUUGGAUUCCUGUGAGCCUUGCAAAAUCUGUGACCCUAAAGUUAAUCAGGAAACGGAAACACAUUGCACUGUGAUAAAGAACACGGUCUGCAGAUGCACGAAAGGAUUCUAUUGUGACAAAGAAGAAUGUAGAGCAUGCCAUUCCUGUAAAACAUGUGAAGAUGGAUUUGUUAUUGAAAAGGAAUGCACGCGCACCAACAAUACUGUCUGCAAAGUUGUGGACAAUGGUUGGCUAUGGUGGAUAAUAGUAAUCCCAAUACUGCUGUUGAUUGGGGUGCCUUUGUUCCUAAAAAAGCAGAAGUAUUUGUGUUUCGCAGGUCCGCCAAAUGCCAGGCCAGUUUCGGAUGAGGAAAGAGCAGUUGAACUCAUUCCACUUAAAGGCAUAGACCUUGGCCCCCACCGGUCUUCUAUAAUUGACAUCUUGGGGCCAAAACGUAUGAGAGAGCUGGUCAGAAGUGAAUUAACUGAUGCACAAAUACAAUUUUGUCAAGAGGAGGCUCCCAAUGAUGUUCGUGAACAAUCCUACAAAAUGCUGCACAAAUGGUGUGAACUGCAAGGUCUUGAAAAUGCUGCUCCAAAUUUAAUUAAAAAAUUGAAUGAAAUCGGCCAGAAGACAACUGCUGACAAAAUAAAGAAGAAAAUUCUAGAUGAAAAGAAGUAGGGCUGCCAGACGGCUCAUCUGGCAGUACGCUGGGUGUGACGUGGCUCUUGGUUUGGUUAUGGAAUCCGUAUUGUGUCAUAACCUAUUUUCUUUGAUCAUAACAUUUAUGUGCAGCUAGGUGGCGCAUUUGGUUAAUGCACCUUGUUGUAGUGCACGGAUAAGUCGCGGAUAGAAUCUGACUAUGGCUGGUAGUUCCAUAAGGCAACGCACAGAGGUCCAUCUACCUAUGUUUUACCCAUUUUAAAUUAAAUGGGCUUGCGACAGCUAGCAACCUCUGCUGGUUGAUGGCUCGCUGUGGAUGGCUGCAGUCUGAAGAGAAGCUGCAGUGGAGAACCACUGAUGUCUCUACUCUCCAGAAUUGGCAGUGGGGCUCACGCCCUAAUGCAGCUGCAGUGAUAAAUAGCACUUUGGGGUUGGGCAAUUAUGAGCAUUUUAUUCAUAUCAAUAUAAUAUGAAUGAUAAGGCCAUUCUUUCUCCCCACAGAUAAAUUAUGCUUUGAGCCGGAAAUCCAUAUAUAGUCAACGUUUUAUCUUAGGGUUAUGUCAGACUUCCAAGGCCUAUUUUCUGACACUGAAACUAGUGGCUGAAGCACCAAGUGGAGCCAACCGCACUGGUGCUCGUGAGCAACAAGAUCUGGAAAUUAGCUUCCAAAACAGACCCUGGGUAAAUUCGCUAACAUGUUAGGUUUCAGAUUGUAUUGUAACUAGAUGUUAUGUGGCUAUACUGUAUAACGUACAUACAGUAUAUGUUGUACAUUUGUGAUGUGUUAGCGAUUUAGCCUAGGCUGCUUAAUGCUGUUGUAUGCGUAUCAUGAGAAGUGCUUCUGUUGCUACCACAUUGUUACCUUGUCUGUUUUUCACUAAGUAAGAUGAAUUACAACUUACAAUUACAACAAAGCACAAGAUUUUCCACAAUGUUUGAAAAAAAUGUAAGUAAAAUGCUUUUGGAAAUGAAAAA